AUGUCCGCAGGUCCUGCCAGCAAUGGGGUGUUUGUUGUCAUCCCGCCCAGCAAUGCCAGCGGCCUCCGCCCACCUCCAGCCAUUCUGCCCACCUCCAUGUGCCAGCCUCCGGGGAUCAUGCAGUUCGAGGAGCCACCGCUGGGGUUGCAGACACCAAGAGCCACCCAGGCACCCGACCUGCGGCCCAUGGAGACAUUCCUGACAGGAGAGCCCAAAGCUUUAGGGACCGUGCAGAUCCUCAUUGGCCUCAUGCAGCUGGGCUUCGGCAGCGUGCUGCUCAUGGUCCGCCGCGGCCACCUGGGGAUGUUCUUCAUCGAAGGCGGCGUCCCCUUCUGGGGAGGAGCCUGCUUCAUCAUCUCUGGGUCCCUCUCAGUGGCGGCUGAGAAGAACCACACCAGCUGCCUGGUGAGGGGCAGCCUUGGGACCAACAUUCUCAGUGCCAUGGUGGCCUUUGCUGGGACAGCCAUUCUGCUCAUGGAUUUUGGUGUCACUAACUGGGACGUGGGCAGGGGCUAUCUGGCCGUGCUUACCAUCUUCACCAUCCUGGAGUUCUUCAUUGCAGUCAUUGCCACCCACUUUGGGUGCCAAGCCACCCGCGCCCAAACCAACGCGCCUGUAAUUUUCCUGCCAAACGCUUUCAGCGCAGACUUCAACAUCCCCAGCCCGGCAGCCUCACCGCCUCCUGCUUAUGACAAUGUGGCAUACGCCCAAGGAGUCGUCUGA